AUGAAUGCGCGCAAGAAUAUCCACUGCCAAUUCACUGGGAGGAAUGCUCAUGCCGGUGGAAACCCAUGGGAAGGGAUCAACGCGCUUGAUGCCUUGGUCUCAUCUUAUAACAACGUUGCGGUUCUUCGACAGCAGCUUCUUCCGGAUCAGCGGGUUCAUUGUGCUUUCUUGGACACACCCAAGGUAGCCAACGUAAUCCCAGCUUAUACGAAAGCUUUCUGGCAGGUGCGUAGCCCUACCUUGAAGGGAUUGAAUGUCCUUGUCAGCAAAUUGCGCAAUUGUAUUGAGGCUGGUGCUUUGGCCACUGGAUGUCAAGUCAAGAUUGAUGAGGAUGAGCUCUAUACCGAUGUCCGAUUGAAUGACACUCUCUGUGAGCGCUACCAUAUCCACAUGGGACGGUAUAGUCGCAAUGUUCUCAAGCGCCAUGACAAAGUCCUAACAGGAUCAUCGGACAUUGGAAAUGUUAGCUAUGAAACCCCAACGCUUCAUACAAUGUUUGCGAUUCCUGCUCCUACAACUUCAUUUCCACAUCACCCGACGUUUACAGCUGCAGCUGGAACAGAUGAAGCUCAUGCUGAGGCAUUAAUUGUUGGGAAGUCUUUAGCAUUGACUGGUUGGGAUAUGCUUGUGGAGAACGAUAUGUAUGAUUUGGCGCGUCGUCAAUGGAAAGAAGAGAUUGCGCGAGAGGAGUAA